AUGGACUUGGAAGUUGCCGCGCUCGUGUGCUCGUCGGCGGCGAAUUACUCGUCCUCACAAACCGGCGCCAUCGUCCCUUCGAUUCAUCCCUCGACGACGUUUUCCCGGGACGGUUCCUACAACGCGCGUACACUGAAUAAUGGCGAACACCCCUUAAUCUACUCUCGAGCGGACAAUCCAACCGCCUCGCACGUCGAACACGUUUUAUCAAAACUGGACGACGCCGAGGAAAGCUGCGUUUUCUCCUCGGGCAUGGCCGCGGUGAGCGCGAUAAUGAACGCGUGUUUUGUUCCGGAUUGCGUGGUGUUUUUCCCACGAAGAUCGUAUUUUAUCAACCGGAAACACUUCCGCGAGUGGUGCACUCGGAUGCGCGUUCGAAUCGUGCAGUACGACACGGAUGAAAGUUCGCUGGAGUAUUUGAAAUUAGCCAUAGAGAUGGUGUCGUGCGAAGAGGAGAAAGAACACGAGAAGUUUAUGUGGAUCGAGACGCCGGCGAACAGUUCGUGGGAAGUGUUGGACAUCGAGACGGUGACGGGGUGGUGUCGCAAGAACGGGGUGACGAGUUUCGUGGACGCGACGGUGUUGACGCCGUUGUUGUGCCAGCCGUUGAAAUUAGGCGCGGAUUUUGUCAUACAUUCGUGUUCGAAGUAUUUGAACGGGCAUUCGGACGUGUUAGCGGGCGCCGUGAGUUGCAAAGAUCGAAAGUCGAAAAAUUGGAAGAGGAUUAAAGAAGCGAGAGUUACCGGAGGGGCGGUGUUGUCCGCUUUUGAUUGCUUCUUGCUGUUGAGAGGGAUGAGGACGUUGCAUUUGCGAGUGCCGAAAGCGUCGGAAAAUGGGAUGCACGUGGCAAUGUCGAUGGUGCAAUUUAAGUUCAAAGGAGAGAAGGGCGAAAAGGUGGCGCCGAGUGUCGGCGAACAAAACGCAACAAACGCCGCGGUUACACCGACGACGACGACGAGUUUUCCGAUAUCACCGUGGUUCGAGUUGGUGGUGUUGUAUCCAGGUUUGCCUGGACACGAAAACCACGCUAUUUCAAAGCAACAACAAGCCGGGAAGAAUAAAAAAAUGUUUGGCGGAAUGUUGUCGGUGGUGAUUACCCCGAUUUUACCGGAUCCGAAGGCGACGACGGAGCCAGAGAAGGCUGCUGUGAACAACAACGAACAACCAGCAUCAACAAGAGGAACGGGAAAUCAAGAAGACCUGAAAACAACAUCGACGACGACAACAGAAGGAGGAGCCAAUUUACCGUCAACGACGGAGCAAUACGCAAUUAAGAUGCACGAAAUCGCGUUUGAAAUGGCAAAAACGACGGCAACGUUGACCAAAAUUUGGCGACCGGCCACUUCUUUAGGCGGUCCAGAGUCGCUCAUCGAACAUCGGGCGUCCGUGGAAGGCGGAUCGUAUCCUUGGAGUCAAUGUCCAGCGGGGCUCUUACGUUUAAGCUGCGGGUUAGAACCUGGUCACAGACUUGCGAGAGAUUUGAAAUCCGCGUUACACGCCGCGCAUUUGAAAGUGUGUGGCGCGCGUGGAUUGUUGAAGAUUUCGCACGUGAGUAAAGUGAGCAAACCGAUAGAAGCAAACAGGCCCAGCAAACCGGCUCAGCAGCCGGCCCAGCCGAUAGUAGAUAGAAAUUUACUCCACGGCAUAUUAGGAAACCUCACGGCCUUGAACGAUAAGAAACGGCCGCAUCCGAAUAAUGCCGCCGAAGAAGCGCGUAAGAAGGCGCCGGAACCCGUCGGCGAUCUCACGCUCGAAAUUCCAGUCGGUAGUUUGGAGGAACCUAAUUUAGUAGCAAUUAGGAAACCACGCAAACCAUCAUCGAAAGUGUCGGCUCCACCGGCGCCGGACGAACAAAGAUGUUGCAAAAAGAGCUCGCAAUGGCACUGCCCGAAAUUCCGAUUUGGCGCGACGAGAUAUUGUGAAAGGCACCAAGAUUGUGUCUUACGGGAUAUGGAAGGACCGAAAAAGAAAGGAAGAAAACCUGGUUCAGCGACGAAGACGGCGGCGAAUGCAGAGGGUUUCGUCACAAUGACCACGAACGGGGUGCCGAUGGCGCCGAUGGCAACGGCGGCGUUUCUUCACAAACCGGUUUUUCCACAAGAGCAAACUACGGUGGCGACGCCAAUGCAAGUCGAUCGGGAUCCAUUGACGAUGACGACGACGACGACGCCAGUCGCACCCCGAACGACUGAUGGGCAGCCAGAACAAGCACCACAAGCAGGGAAUCCAGCGGCACCUGCUCCAGAAACAGCUCCACUUGCGACGACACCUACAACAGUACCAACAUCGACAACCCAGGCGCCAGAUCCACCUUCGCAAAUUGCACCUUCGAAUGUACCGCAGCCGUCGCCGCCGAAAAACGAUGGUAUUUUUACCAGCGGAGAUCUUGACAUGCCGAUUUCGAUGAUGGUGACGGAUAGCGGAAAGGUCAAUCUGCAAUUGGCACUGGAUGCGCAGACGCGAAUGGAUAAUAAAUUUUGA